UUCUAUCUGCUUAAAAGACUCUUUCAAUGAGACCCUUUCAACACAUCCAUCUGUCUUUUCUUCCAUCUAUAUAUACUUAGAUCUAUGGUUUUUCCUCUACACUAUUUAACGCUAAAACAAUACUAUAUAUCUUUACCUGUUCUAACAAAACCCCAAAUGGGUUGUUUGGUUCUUCCUUGCUACGUCAUGAAGAGACGACGCCGGAGAUCAACCCGACCGCACCUCGGCUACCACCGUCUCCACAAAUCCAACUUCGGCCGCAACGAUAGCAGCGAUGCGGAGAGUAGUCUAGUGAAGGUUGUGGCGGGAAAAGAGAGAAGAGAAUUCUUAGUAGACCCUUUUGUGUUGGAAGAAAAUCCGUUUCGGACUUUGAUCGAAAAGGGAGGAGAUUCAGAUGACGAUGAAGAUGGAGAUGGAGAUCAUGGAAAAAAGAAAAGGGUUAUAUUUGUUGAUGUUGAUGCUAUUUUGUUUGAGCAUUUGCUAUGGCUAAUGUAUAACGAUUGUUCUUCUUUGUUUAAGCUAAAUGUAGAGGAAAUUCUUGACUUUUAUGCUCAAGAUUUUUAGAGGGGAUCAGAGAGAGAGAUAUAUAGAAUUCAGAGAAACAUAAUUAAAGGUGUUCCUGUGAUGGCAUCGUUUCACCAAA